AGAAUUCUGUUGUGUUAGAUCAGGGCUCUAUACAUGCUUUCAUGAUAUAUGUACUUAUACAUGCUAUGCUUAUGUACUGGAUCAGAUUGCUCUAGGACUCUAGUAGCUCCCUGUCACCACCCACAGGGACACAUUCAUACAUUGCUGAUUUUGUUGUGGAGAGACUUUAUCCUCUCUUCUGCAGAUGAAUUUGACAUAUCACUUGAUUUUGGUUUAUCUGCAUUUUUUCCCCUGAUAACACUAUGUUAUUAAAGACAGCAGUGAGGAGAAAAUAUACAUUACAGCAUUGCAGCAAAUAGCAAAGAAGGAGAAGAGAUGAGAACAGGGAUUUACGACGACUGUGUCUCCUAUUUUUCAGUGGGUGGCAAUAGAUGGCAGUGUUAGCACAGAAAUUAUUUUUUCACUGCUUAAAACCUUGCUCUGAGCUUCACAGGCGGUAUUGUUAGUCGUCAUUCUGAUUUUCUCAGUGGAAGAACUUCAGAUUACACUAUCUCCAAAGUAUGUAUUCCCUACAUGAAUGUGGAAACCUAGAUGUGUCUUUACCACCAAAACUGCAAAAUCUUAAGCUUCAAAUGCAAUUAUGUGCCACUAGGAAAAUUAAAAAAAGUGUGUGAAUGUAUGUUAAACCAUGAUUGAUUUAAAAAAUGCCAGACAAAUACUGUGUAAUGUCCUUAAAGUUGCAUUAGGCUUGGUAAAUGGUAGAAUUUGGAAUUGGACUAUGAUUUCUGACAUAAUUUACUAUAUAAUGCAAAAAGUUAUUAAUAUAUCACAGCAGGGUACAUCAAAGCAAACAGGCUAGUUUCAUUGAUGAUUUAAUGUCACUGAUUUACAUCUGAGGUGCAUUUAGCUCCCUAGACAUGACAUGGCUUCAGUGUGCAUGGCCGUGACAUGGACUGCAAGCACUGCAGGGCAGUGGAGGAGAGGGCGAGGGACAGAGGAGGGGGCAAGGGAUGGGAGAGCUAUGGCCAUGGGCCUGGGAAUCUGCUCCAGCCUUCCCUCCAGGCUUUGGUUGUGUUUUUCUUUUUUUUUUUUUUUUUUUUAAAUUUAAACUUCUUGUUCAUGCCUCGGCGGUUUAACCUUUAGCUGACCUAGUUAUUGAACCAGGGCAGCUGGUAGCAUCUGAGGAAGUCAAUAUUUCUCCUUUGUUGAUUGCCAUUUACUGAGGAGCAAACAGAAACUGGUACAAGGCUGGGCAGCACACACAGAGGGGAGCCUGCGCUGGUGCUGUAUGCACCAGGACCUCAGCAACUCCUGGUGUCCUCGGCUCUGCUGCGCAACCAGCUUCAGUCCCUGAUUACAAAUGUAUACCAAAAAAAAAUUGGGGAGUGGGCUAGUGCAAUGCAGGGACUGCUGGCCUGGCCUUCUGGCCAGGAGCCUCCUGUUCCUUGUUGCGUGUGCUACAGAGAGGGAGUGACGCAGAGACAAUCAGCAACAGGAAAAUUCCCGUGCAACCCUGUGUCACAACUUCAAGGAGCACAGACAAAGGUAUAUUUCAAAGAUAAACUACUAGUUUUUACUGUAGCAACUAAGGAAACUGAUGGCUUUCACCGUUUCAUGCAAACUGCAAAGCACUUCAACUACACAGUAAAGGUACUUGGAAAAGGUGAAGAGUGGAAAGGUGGUGAGCUGCCUAACUCUAUUGGCGGAGGGCAGAAAAUUCGACUGCUGAAAGAAGGCAUAGAAAGCUAUGCUAAUCAAGAGGACUUGGUUGUAAUGUUUGUUGAAUGCUAUGAUGUUAUCUUUGCGGGGGGCCCUGACGAACUGCUAAAGAAGUUUCAGGAAACUAAUCAUAAAGUGGUGUUUGCAGCAGAUGGACUAAUUUGGCCAGAUAAAAGGCUAGCUGACAAGUAUCCUGUUGUCAAGAGUGGAAAACGAUUCCUGAACUCAGGAGGAUUUAUUGGUUAUGCUCCAUAUAUAAAUCGUAUUGUGCAGGAAUGGGAUCUGCAGGAUAAUGAUGAUGACCAGCUGUUUUACACCAAAAUCUAUGUUGACCCAUUGGCAAGGGAACUCAUUAACAUUACUUUGGACCACAAAUGUACGAUUUUUCAGACCCUAAAUGGAGCUGUUGAUGAAGUCCUUUUGAAAUUUGAAGAGGGAAAAGUAAGAGCAAGGAAUUCAGUGUACGACACACUACCAAUCACCAUUCAUGGAAAUGGUCCAACUAAAAUUCAGUUGAAUUAUUUGGGAAACUAUAUUCCUAAUGCUUGGACACGGGAAACUGGUUGCAGUAUUUGCGAUUUAGACUUACUAGACCUGUCAACAGUAACGGAAUAUCCAAGAGUAAAAAUUGGUGUUUUCAUUGAACAACCCACUCCUUUCCUACCUAAAUUUUUAGACAGACUGUUGACUCUGGACUACCCAAAGGAGGCACUCAGUAUCUUCAUUCAUAAUAAUGAGGUUUACCAUGAAAAGCACAUCAAGAAAUUCUGGGAAAAAGCCAAGAACGUUAUCAGAAAUAUAAAAAUUGUUGGACCUGAAGAAAAUCUGAGUCAAGCAGAAGCCCGGAACAUGGGAAUGGACCUUUGUCGCCAGGAUAAAGCAUGUGAAUAUUACUUCAGCAUAGAUGCAGAUGUUGUGCUGACAAACCCAAAAACUUUAAGAAUACUGAUAGAACAGAACAGAAAGAUAAUUGCUCCACUUGUAACUCGUCAUGGGAAGCUUUGGUCCAAUUUCUGGGGUGCUUUGAGCCCAGAUGGCUAUUAUGCUCGAUCAGAAGAUUAUGUUGAUAUUGUCCAAGGGAACAGAGUAGGAGUAUGGAAUAUUCCUUAUAUGGCUAAUAUAUACUUAAUUAAGGGACAAACUCUCAGAUCAGAGAUGAAGGAAAAGAACUACUUUAUGCGUGAUAAGUUGGAUCCUGAUAUGGCUCUCUGCAGGAACGCCAGGGAAAUGACUUUACAAAGGGAAAAAGACUCCCCUUCUUCGGAAACAUUCCAUAUGCUCAGACCCCCAAAGGGUGUUUUCAUGUACAUUACCAACAGACAUGAAUUUGGAAGACUUAUUUCUACAGCCAAUUACAAUACCUCCCACUACAACAAUGACCUCUGGCAGAUAUUUGAAAAUCCUGUGGACUGGAAGGAAACCUAUAUAAAUCCCAACUACUCAAAGAUCUUCACUGAUAAUAUAGUAGAACAGCCAUGUCCAGAUGUGUUUUGGUUUCCCAUAUUUUCUGACACUGCCUGUGAUGAAUUGGUCGAAGAAAUGGAACAUUUUGGACAAUGGUCUGGUGGAAAACACCAAGACAGCCGUAUUUCUGGAGGUUAUGAAAAUGUCCCAACUGAUGAUAUUCAUAUGAAGCAAAUCGGACUGGAUAAUGAAUGGCUGCAUUUCAUAAGAGAGUUCAUUGCCCCAGUAACGCUAAAAGUGUUUGCUGGCUAUUAUACUAAGGGGUAUGCUUUAUUGAAUUUUGUUGUAAAAUAUAGCCCAGACAGACAACGGUCACUCAGACCUCAUCAUGACUCCUCUACAUUCACAAUCAACAUUGCUCUUAACAAAGUAGGAGAGGACUUUCAAGGAGGUGGAUGUAAAUUUCUUAGGUACAACUGCUCCAUUGAGUCUCCCAGGAAAGGAUGGAGUUUCAUGCACCCAGGAAGACUUACUCAUUUACAUGAAGGACUUCCUAUCUUGAAUGGCACAAGAUACAUUGCAGUAUCAUUUAUUGAUCCUUAAUUUUCUUUCUCCCCCCCCCCCCCCCCCCCUUCAGCAGCAGUGUUUGAUUCUUUACAUAAACAUUUAUUUAUAGAUUUCUUUUGGAAGAUGGUGAUAAAAGAAACUUUAAGUUACUGUUCCUAGACAGCAAAGUUACUUUGGGCUAAAAGAAUGAAAGAAAGAAAAUGUUCUGAAAUUGUUGAAGAUUUCUCAAUAUCUGCUCUGAGCCUUGAGUCACAAAGUAAACAUGUCCUGCUUGUUUUUCCAUUCUGCUGUCUUAAAGAGUAGGUAAGGAGGGAAAAUGGAAAAGCAUUUUGUAAUGAAUCAGUUCCUUUGUUGAGAAAAACCCAAACAACCCUAGAUAGAAAAUUAUCUGAAAAAUUUAUUGUGGUUUUCAUUCAGUAAAGUGACACAGCUAAAGUUUUUGUGGUGUGUAUAUUUGGUACCAACCAAUUAAAAACCACAGCAUAAAAACAAAAUGAAGUGAAUCUUGUAUACAGUUGUUGGGGAUAAGAAAUAAUUCUGUAUGCUGGUAUAUACCGAAGGGAAAACAUCUCAGUAGCCUGUUUUCUUAAUUCAUUUUCAAUGCUGAAAUGUACACCUUUAGAAGAAAAAACAAAUUAAAUGUAGAGAUGGAGCAAGGGUUAAAUAAUUUAGCUAAGAAAAAGUGGUUUAUCAUUUGUUUUGAGAACUCAUCCUGUUGAAAACUUAAUUUUCUUCACCAAGUGACCUUCAUUUAAAAUGAGUUAUUUUUCCAAAUGUGUAAUUGCACCGAAUUGAUACUGGAAAUUUGAUGUUUAUUUUCAGAACGCUGGUAAAUUUUAAUAAUAGGAUGUUUUAUAAAGACAAUUUUCUACUCUUACUUAAAAUUACUUGAAUUUUUUAUCAGGAAAAUGAAAUGGUGGCAGUCUCUCUUUUACAGCUAAGGGUCUUAACUUGCUGUUUAUUUUAAAGAAAUCAGUUUAAAAUAUUCCUACUGUAUUUACUGUUUGUAAUUUAAAGAAACUUGAAGCUAACUAUCUCAAAGUCUACCGUGCCAAAAUGCACAACGUGUUGGAAAAACUUGUGAAAAAUAAAGGGUAAUUUUAAAUUAA